UGGUGCGCAUCCCCGAGGGGGGGCGGGGCGCGUUCCCGAUGUCCUCCUUCCACCCCCACAACACAACCUCUUUCCUACUUCUUUAUAAACAGGUAGAAGGUGGGGCAGGGAGAGGUAGUAUAGGAUUGCCGGACGCUGAAAGCUGUGUUUCGGGAAAGUUUCUCUCUCUGUGUUGGAUUCCGGGCUGUAAUUUUUCUUCCGGAUUGUUCGUUUCCAGCUCAGUCUCUCUCUUGUCUGUUUCCCUGCUCAUGGCUAAUUCGGGGCUGCAGAUUCUCGGCUUCACCCUGGCUCUGUUGGGAUGGAUAGCCCUGGUAGCGAGUACGAUCAUGCCCCAGUGGAAGAUGUCCAGCUACGCCGGAGACAACAUUAUCACAGCGCAGGCGGUCUACAAGGGGCUCUGGAUGAACUGUGUGUACCAGAGCACGGGGCAGAUCCAAUGCAAGGUGUAUGACUCCAUUUUGGCUCUGGGAGCCGCGCUUCAAGCCACCCGUGCGCUCAUGGUGGUGGGUAUCGUUGUUGGGGUCCUGGCUGUGGGCAUCAGCUCAGUGGGUAUGAAGUGUACCAAGUGUGGCGGUGAUGACAAGGUGAAGAAAUCUCGGAUUGCGAUGGGAGGUGGCAUCACUUUUAUCCUGGCAGGACUCUGUGCUCUUAUUGGUGCGUCUUGGUACGGCAACCAGAUAGUUCGAGAUUUCUACAACCCACUGACUCCAGUCAACACCAAGUACGAGUUUGGAUCUGCGAUCUUCAUCAACUGGGCUGGAGCCGCCCUUAUUCUGAUCGGUGGUGGCAUGCUGAGUUGCUCGUGCCCGAAGAAGAACAGUUACCCCCGAUCCUACCCCAAAUCCAAGGCCCGCUCCAACCCCAGCAGCAGCAACAAGGAAUUUGUAUGAACCUUUUAGCUGCUCGAUUUGUAGCCCUGGGGAGAAAGGAACUACACUUGCACCCGGUCGGAGAUGUUUGUUACAACUUGGAAACCCUUCUCGAAGGAGCAUAGCUAACCACUGGUCAACUUUUUUGAAGGGGAGAGAAAUUGCAUUUGUGUAACGCCAUGUAAAUUUCUGCUUAGGACUGUAUUUUUUUUAAAUUAAUCUCACGAUAAGCCUGUAGAAUUGUGAUUUUUGUGUUUAGUGUUUUUAGGAACCUUUUUCUUACAAAACCUUACAAAAAUAAGGGGCUGGGUUGGGAUGGGGCAAGGCUGACUUAUUGUCACCCAUCAGUAAAUUUGAGGAGUGAGUUUUAUUUUGAAAUGUGGAACUGAACACGAGGUGGCUUGAGUGGAAUUCCCUUUCCUCGCAUUCUAAUUUAAACGUGUGUCCGACUAUUUCAGUCUGCCUCGUGUCCUGGGCCCUUUGAGAUUAUGGGAUGUUAGAUGGGUGGGGGGGAGGAAUUGAAAUGCUCAGCCUGGAGCCAUGGAGGUCCAUUGAGUGUGUGAUGUUCUAAAAGCAGUCUGAUUCUGUGUUUUUUUUUCUAAAUCAACAGUUCUGAGAUAGAUCGCUUAGUUUUUUAAUCGUGAUAUAAACCUCUCCAGUUCCCUAUGAGCAUCAGCUUUUGAAGAGGUUUGAAGUCUUUGCUGCUGUGCAGAACUCAAUGGGCCACAUGGCCUUCUUCCACACUGUAGGGAUUCUAUGAAGAAUUUUUUCCUUUAUUUUUAAACGCACCCUUGUCAGCAGGACCCUGUUUUCCCCCUUCCAGCAGUGCCUGAAUCAACCUCUCUCGUUCUCUCUCCUCGUCCCACUUCAAACGGCCUACCUGCCACUCAGAAUCUUAGCUCCAUUCCCUCACCAUUUUCAAGUUUCUAUCUUUAACUGGGGUAGAGGAGUUGACCAGGAAGAGGAUGAUCCCAGAGCGAAGAGUAGUUAUCUCAGGAACCUGUCACAAAUUUCCAAGCUAAAUCAAUGCUUUUUUUUUAAAAAAGAAACUGCUCUUGAUCACAAACCAGGAGUUGGGGGUUUAUUAAGAGUUUAAGAAUUUUUUAAGAAAUGGAUUGUAGCUGUACAUUUUUGUUAUAAAUAAAUAUUUUAAUUGUG